GUUGCGGUGAAAUGUUGCUCAAUGCGCUGCAGCAACACUGACGUGUACCACACUCAGCCGACGUUUUGCCCUCAUGGCUUCUUAAGCCACAACUUGCAGUGUUCUCAGCGCUUUGUGUUUGUCAAUCAUUGUGUGAUUUCACUCAAGUUGCAGGCGAGCCAACAAGCACCGCGCUGAGGUGAGCGCUGAGACGACGAGCGGUGUUUUGAGUGUAGCUUGUGGACGGUAGCUCAAGAAGUGAUUCAUAUUUACCUGUUGCGCAGUGGAAAGAAAGUUCCUUAGAAAGUAUAACGUCUUCAGGCGGUGCGAGCGCGUAGCAGUAGUUUUUCUUCUUGCCAAGUAAACGGACGCUUUCGCGCAUGCGCGGUGCUAACCAUAAUAAAUACAUACAUACAUAUACCUGCUUGUUGCUUUUUAUUAAGUGCUAUUUUGCUUUACGGCGCUGAGAUUUUGGUGCUGCAAAUAUUUGUAAUUGUUGCGCGCAGCCGCGUUCGAACGUCUAAAAUCAGUCGCGUGUAGUAAAUUCCAUCAAAUCAAUUUAGACUUUACGCCGUGCGUGCGAAUUGUGAAAGUUAAACUCGACAAACAAUUAUGUUGCUGCUGCGAAAGGUUGUCUUCCUGUUGGCGCUGCUUUGCGUCAACUUGUCCGCCAUUCACUCAGCGAAUCAACAGCAAGAUGAUUCGAAUCCACUGCUCGACAUGGCUUCCAUGUUCAUACAGGAGGCGUUGAACAGUCAAACGGGUAAUGGUGGUGGUGGUGGCGCCGGUGGCGGCGCUGGUCUUGCCGGUGUCGCCUCGCUCAUUGGCAGUUUCAUGAAUGCGAAUGCAGGCGGCGGUACGGCUGGUCAGGGUAAGGCGUCCGCAGGCGGCGCUAUGCAAAUACUAUCCGGUAUCGGCAGUUUGUUGGCUAACGCGGGACAAAAUGGUGCGCGCUCUGGUGGCGGCGCAGGUAGUGGUGGUGGUUUCGAUCCUGCCAUCAUCGGUAAUGUGCUCGAAAUGUUUACCAACAGCGAUUCCGACGCAGAUGCGGCAGGCGCUGGCGCACGCAGUAAUGGUGGCGGCGAUGCCGGCAUUGGUUUGGAUUCCAUACUGCAAAUUGCUUCGGUCUUCAUGAAUGCCAACAGCGGUGGCAGCGGCAGUGGACAGCAACAGCAGCAGCAUCCGCAUCAUCAGCAGCGACGCUCCGCGCAUGCGAAUGUGAAUACGCGCGAGAAUGAAGUUGAGGACUCGGAGGAUAAUGGUGGUUUCAUGAGCCUGCUGCCGUUGGUUAUGCAGGCUGUAAGCUCGUUUGCCGGUCCUGAGGGACAACAGACCCAGGAGAAACACAAAGGUCACGCAUGGGUGUUGCCGCCCUUCUUGGAGCACUUGCACGUCGUGUGGGACCACUUCUCGAAUUCAGAACUUGCCGAUGCACUGUACGAAAAGUCGGGUGUGAAUAAGAUAUUGAAGGGAUUCAAGGGACGUGACGGCAAGUUGGAUUAUGACAAACUCUUCGAUUCGCUGAACAAUCAAUCGUUCCGCAGACGUUGGAUCAAAUCGGCGACGCUCUAUCUGGCCGAUUGGACGAGUUAUUUGGCAAAUCCAGAAGUCUAUCUCAAAUACAUUCAGACGGCGCAACUGAUGUUCAACGGUUUUCUCAAGUCUCAAGGUUAUCCAAAGAGCACCUACUUCGAUCCCAGCCGCGCCAGCGAGACCAUCUCAAAUCUGUGCGAUCAUGUGGCCAAGCAACAUCUCAAUGUGAAGAUCGACUCGCGCCAAUAUGUCAAACCGGCUGUCGGCUAUGCCAGAGAAUUGCUGAAAUUGGGUCAAGCACGAGGUCUGCUGCAGUUCAAUGCUACCGAAUUGAGUGACAAACUAACCGAUACGCUCAAUUUGGAGGUCAUCGAGCCGGUGCUAAAAGUACAUCGUGCCUACAGAUUUAUCUCGAAAUCUCCACAAUGCGAUCGCUAUGUGCUCUGUGAAUUGAAUUCGCCCGAAGAAAGUGCGGCUGGCAAUGCGCGUGGCCUAAUUUCUGGUGUGAGUCCGAAAAUCGUGAAGAUCGGCAGCAUGGGAGCGGCCAUAUUCAUUAGCACCGAAACUGGCACACCGUUCUGGACAUUGUUUGGCGUCAUAAAUGCGCCCUACAACUGUGAGGUCAAAUAUCCAGUCGAUUGUAGUGGUUUCCACGAGGGCGAGGCCAAAGUGACCACGGAGUAUGUGCACAAUGAGUUGUGAGCGCGCGGUGCUUGUGGGCAGAAUUAGUAUUGAUCGUUUAAGCACAACAGCAAUACGAACGAAAAACAAAAACAACAAGCUGUGGAUGUGAUGUUGAUCUACAAGGCGGCGAUCGUUAAGCGAAAAGAUCGCGGCUGUUUAUUUUAAAUUAAGUUUAGUUAGUUGUUAGUUGUACGUACUUAAUAAAUAAAAUUUAGCCGUUAUUAAAGUAAUUAAUAAA